AUGGGCCAAUUACUGUCACAUCCAUUGACUGAAAAAACUAUUCAAUACAAUGACUAUAAGGACCAUAAACCUAGCACGCAGGUGUCAAGCCAAUCGCCGCGUUUCUUUAAUUGUAUCGGCUCCAUGCAAGGGUACAGACUGACUCAAGAGGAUGCACAUAUGAUAAUUAAUGAGGACGAUAGUAUACAUGUUAGAUUCUACAACCCAUUUAAAGAUCGUGUCGAGUUGUAUAUUUUGAGCCUUUUUGCAGUGUUUGAUGGACAUGGUGGAUCAGAUUGUUCGGCAUUCCUUAGUGGGGGUAAAGAUGAUCGAGGUUAUAACCCUAAGAGUGGACUAGCUAAAUGGGUUACCUAUGCAUUUGAGAACCAUCAUUAUGGGGCAAUAGACACACACAAAGUAGGAGACAUAAAUUCCACAAUAAGGUCUAAAGCGAAGAGUAAUGAUGACGAUGGGAAGAUCAAAAGGGUAUUCAGGACGUUAGAAGGGUUAUUAACACAGAUAUUCAAGGAUUCAUACAUAUUACAGGACAUUGAACUUUACAAACAUUUUGCUAAUAGUACUUGUGGGUCAACAGCCGUGAUGGCUGCAGUUGUUAAUGGAGAGAUGGUUUACGUAGUAAAUUGUGGUGAUUCUCGUUGCAUUAUGUCAUCUAAGAGUGAUGGCAUUAAGACGAUGUCCUAUGAUCACAAACCCCAACAUAUAGGUGAAUUAUUAAGAAUUAAUGAUAAUGGGGGUACAGUGUCUCUAGGUAGAGUAGGAGGUGUGUUGGCCUUAAGUAGAGCCUUUAGUGAUUUCCAAUUUAAGAGAGGUGUACAAUACAAUACCCAAAAUAGGAGAAAUGUGAAAGGAAACUACAUAAACAACCUGACUAUAGCGCCUCAAGAAGCACAGGUAACCGUAGAACCCGAUGUAUUAAUGCAUAGAAUUGAUUAUAAAAAGGACGAAUUCCUAGUACUAGCUUGUGAUGGUAUAUGGGACGUCUACAGUAAUAAACAAUUGAUACGGUUUAUUAAAUAUCACUUGACCCAAGGUAUAAAACUUGAUGGGAUCAUACCGAAACUUCUAGAUCAUGGAAUCGCUCAGGCCAAUAGCAGUACGGGUGUUGGGUUUGAUAAUAUGACUGCUAUUAUAGUGGUUCUAAACAAGAAUGGCGAAUCUCUCAGCGAUUGGUACACCAAGAUGAAAAUAAGACUUGAAAGAGAGAAGGGUUUGGUUUAA